AUGGGCAAGAAGAAGAGAAACCACCCCGACGUCGAGGAGAUCCUCAACCGCCCGUGGUGCUACUACUGCGAGCGCGACUUCGACGACCUCAAGAUCUUGAUCAACCACCAGAAGGCCAAGCACUUCAAGUGCGAGAAAUGCGGUCGCCGCCUGAACACCGCUGGAGGUCUCAACGUCCACAUGACGCAGGUCCACAAAGAGACUCUCACCCAAGUUGAGAAUGCGCUGCCCAACCGCCAGGGCCUCGACUUCGAGAUCUUCGGCAUGGAAGGCGUCCCCGAAGAUGUCAUGCAAGCCCACCAACAACGCGUCCUUCAGCAGUUCUACGAGCAGCAGGCUGAACGCCGCGCCGCCACCGGCAACCCUCCGCCCGGCUCCACGCCCACUGGUGGCGCGCCGCAGCCCAAGAAGCCCAAGGUUGAGACGAAGGAGGAUCUCAAGGCUCGCUUGGCUGCCCACAAGGCAAAGAAGGCUCAGGAGGCAGCUGGAGGAAGCAGUGGAGACGUCACCCCGCUCGGACAAGGUGGCCAGAGUCCGGCCGUAGCUCAGAGUCCCACAGCAUUUCCCGGUGCCCAGCAGUACCCCCCGCAGCAGAUGUCUUUCUCGAGCCCACCUGCCAACCCAGCUCAAGCCGCUUACGCGCAGCCUUACGGUCAGCCCGGUUACUCCCCGUCACAGGCUUACAACCCCCAGCCCUUCCCUCAGCAGCCUGGCUAUGGUGCUCAGCCGUUCAGCCCUAACGCAUCUUCCCCCUUCCCAGGCCAGCCUUUCGCCCAGCCCGGCGCUCAGCCGUUUCAGUCUCCGUUUCAAGCUGGUCCGCCUCGUCAGCAGAACUCGGGCUCGCCGCCGGUGACCCUGCCCUACGGCGCACACCAGCCUCCGAGUCGCACCCCGCCGAACAACGGCCACCCUCCGCCCAGGCAGGGAAGCUUGCCUGCUGCGCCUGGCCUGCCCCAGCGCCCGGCUUUCGGUGCUCCGCAGGUCAACCAGUACCAGCUGCAGCAGAUGCACCAGGGACACGUCCCGCCUUCCGUCACCGGUCACCCUGCGUCCGCUCAGCCCAAUGGUCACGCCACACAAGUUCCGCAGAGCUCGAUUCCCGGCCUCGAGCAGUCUGUUGAUGAUCUCAUUGCCAGUGCUGGCAAGUUGAGUGAAGCUCCCAAGACUGCUGAGUCCGAGCGUGCGAAGAAGGACGAGGAGGCCCCCAAGGCCAAGAAGGAAGUCAAGCUUGUCUACUCUGAUGGCGAAGUGAGCCCGGAGGAGAAGAUGGCGAAGCUAGCCAGGUACGCAUUUAAUCCCGCCGAGAGACAACAGGAUGAGAAGGUGGUUGGCUCGCUUGAACCCCCCGUCACUGGCGUGGUUACUGGACAAGAUGACGUACACGACCCAUCGGGAUAG